GAUGUUAUUUGCCGAGAGUACUGCAAAGCGUGGGCGGAAAGUGGAAGAACAACUAAAACGGCAUGUAAAUGACAAUGAUAGGUACUUGAAUCCGAUGUGGAAGGGGAGCUGUACAUGUGAUGGGCAUCGGAUGCUGUGCUGCGGUGCAGGCUCAUGCUCAUCCUGCGAGCUGGCAUGCAUGAUGGAGCAGGGGGCAUAAAUCUACGAUCUAGGCCUAGCUUAGCUUUCAGGCUACAGCGCUUUCAGCGUAAUGUCAGGACUCAGAACUCAGACUCAGAGCCAGUCACUGUUUGGGCUUCCCUGUCUGUCACCUUGCUGUAUUUCUCUGAGGCGUGAGUGAAGCCUUUCUUUACUCCCAGUGUUUCAGGAGGCUGUUGGGGAGCGAACAGCAGCCUAUAUCAGCACCAUUCGGAUGUCGGAGGUCAUCACUCAGAGAUCAAUCCCGAACCUCAACACGGACCCCGAGCUCAACAUCGCUCACUAGACGAGGAGUCCAGGCUCGUUGGGUGAGGUGAGGGAGCGUGUCACUGACAGGGUAGACUGUCAAAUCAAGGACCACGACGCGAUCUAUCAAUCUAUUCAGCUUGGAAAUUCGGCUAAGCCAAAAUGGCGUUCAUGAAGCUGGGGACGGCGUUUUUUGUCUUCGUAAUGCUGGUGUCUCAAGUUAGCGCGCAAGGACCAGCGCCCGCACCAUCGUCAGGCGGUCUGGAGCCAGCUGCAGCUCCGACUCUCACGCCCGUCGUUGCGCCCAUCGCCUCCCCUCCUUCUCCUCCAGCGGCGCCAGUCGUGGCUCCUGUGGUCGCCCCAGUGGUUGCCCCAGUGGUUGCCCCCGUCGUCGCUCCGGUGGUUGCUCCCGUCGUGGCUCCGGUCGUUGCCCCGGUAGUUGCUCCCGUCGUGGCUCCGGUGGUCGCCCCAGUCGUCGCUCCGGUCGUCGCUCCAGUGGUGGCGCCCGUCGUUGCUCCGGUGCUCGCUCCCGUCGUUGCCCCGGUGGUCGCUCCCGUCGUUGCCCCAGUGGUCGCUCCCGUCGUUGCUCCCGUUGUGGCUCCCGUAGUUGCCCCGGUGGUGGCUCCUGUCGUUGCUCCGGUGGUCGCCCCCGUGGUCGCUCCGGUCGUGGCGCCCGUCGUAGCACCCGUUGUGGCGCCCGUCGUCGCCCCUGUUCUGGCACCAACUCCCCCUCCCGCAGUGCCCCCUCCAACUGCCGUCCCAGUACCUGCCCCUGUCGUCGCGCCAGUCUCUUCUCCCCCCGCCCCACCACCGGUGGAGGAGGUUCCCGCUGUCUUGGCGCCGGCAGAAGCACCCGAUUCUCCCGGGAACGAUGGAGUUCAGAUCAGCGCCGCCGGAUGGAGAACGAUGGUGCUCGCUUCCGGUCUCGUGGCGAUCUUGGCUUUCUAGAUCAGGGAAUUUGUUAUUUGGACAUCAACCUCUAACUGCAUCGAAUUGAGAGCAGCAGGAGUAACUUCAUCUGAGGCACAAUGUAGACGCGAUUGACUGCCCAAGCUCGGUCCAGAAUUUGUUUGUUAUAGACAGGAGGGUCAAGACCCUUAACAUAUUCCACAGUAGCUUAGCUUGGCCCGUCCUUCUGAAAUUUCACAUUUGUCCGCUGUUUUUUCGAUCAGUUGCAAAUUUAAGCUGAACAUUCUAUCAGCCAGAACCUGUAAUUGUAGGCACCUUGAGUCUCAAGCCGAGGUGCAAUAAUAUAGGCUGGGGAAGGAACGCCUUGCAGAUCAUAGGUACAUAUUACAUCAUGCGAGCUGCACUUCCAUGCAGAGCCAAUCAGAUAUUUUGACACGAAGAUUGCUUUAGAGAUCAGCUGAUUCCCUGUGAUACAAAAGUCAUGCUGAAGGCUUCCAAGAUUGCUACCAAAUUUAUCAGACAUUCUUCCAAUAACAGAAAAAAAACACGUUCAUCGUGACAGAUUUGUUUUCUGCCC